CGGCACCUGUUCUACCCUCCUGAGCACCAGACCCUCCCGGGCGCCCUCGGGCAGCAGCAGGGUGCGCCCCCUUCCCCAGAGUCGGGGUGUCUGGGGCUGGAGCCCCGCAGGAGCCGCGCCCCAAGUGCGCGGCGGGGAGGGCCCGCAGCGCGCAUCUUUGUCCUCUCGGUCUUCCCGCCGCGCGCUCCCGCCGGCCAACCGCCCCGCUUCCCGGGCGAGCGAGUGCGCGGGGGGCGGCGGGGAGGCCGGGGCGGAGCGGGGGCCGCAGCAGGCCGGUGCGGGGAGCCGCGUGCGCUCGGCAGAGGCGGCCCUGCGUGCUGUACGCGCGUCCGGGGCGCGUCCGCCGCCAUCCAGCUUCCCGGGCUCGUCGGCUUCUCGGCGAGCGGCUCGGUACCGGCUCACAAAGGGCUGCGGCGGGGCCCCGCGCGGCCUCGCGGACCAGCCGGCGGUGGGGGCGGCCGUGCACCGCGCAGCCCCGCGCCCGGGCAGGAAGAUUUCAGCACCGGGAGGUUUUUUGGGACCUUACCAGACCAUCUAGUUUCGCACAUACUGUCUCGUCUCCAUAUACAAGGAAAUGCUGAUGGAAGUCAGGAUAAUUCUUGCACCAUAGCUGCUAAACAACAUGCCUGUCUCUGUGAACUCUGGAGUUGCUGCCCCACUGUGACGAUGGCAGUGUGAGCAUCCGCCAUGGCCCACCGGAAGCGUCAGAGCACAGCAAGCAGCAUGCUGGACCACAGGCCACGGCCAGGACCCGGUCCCCAUGGCCAGGAGUCUGAGAGUGAGGAUGCGGGGCUGCCCCUGGAGGAGUACGUUCCCCCAGGGAUGGAGCUCGCUGCCCUGCACCCUGAAAGCCCCCCGCCACCCACAGAGCAGAGCUGCCAUGACCACAGUCCCGAUGGUGACUCCAGCUCAGACUAUGUGAAUAACACCUCAGAGGAGGAUGACUAUGAUGAGGGCCUCCCUGAGGAGGAGGAGGGCAUCACCUACUACAUACGAUACUGCCCUGAGGAUGACAGCUACCUGGAGGGCAUGGACUGCAAUGGGGAAGGCUGCCUGGCCCAUGGUGGGCACCCCCUGGAGACAGAUGAGUGCCAGGAGGCGGUGGAGGAGUGGACGGACUCGGCCGGGCCACACGGGGACCAGGGAAGCCCUGACUACCCAGACCACCUCCCACUCCCGGAGGAUGAGGCAUCUGUGCUGGAAGCCGUGGACCCAGAAGAAGGUGGCCACUACUGUCCCAGCGAGGAGGGCUACCCGGACUACUAUCCCCCAGCCAUUGAGGCCAAUGGCAACGCGGGCGGCGUAGCUCCCUACCGCCCCCGGCGUGGGGAUGGGGACCUGGAGGACCAGGAGGAGGACAUCGACCAGAUUGUGGCUGAGAUCAAGAUGAGCCUGAGCAUGACCAGCAUUGCCAGUGCCAGUGAGGCCAGCCCCGAGCACACACAGGGCCGGGGGCCUGAACUGGGGGCUGGGGACUCCACAGAGGCUGUCCCACCUGGUGAGGGCAGCCGUGGCCCCAGCAGGCAUGAAGGGAGGCCCAAGUCACUGAACCUACCGCCUGAGGCCAAGCACUCUGCAGACCCCCAGCGGGGUUUCAAGACCAAGGCCAGGACUCCCGAGGAGAGGCCAAAGUGGCCCCAAGAGCAGGUCUGCAAUGGUUUGGAGCAGCCCAGGAAGCAGCAGCGCUCUGAUCUCAAUGGACCGAUUGACAAUAACAACAUCCCGGAGACGAAGAAGGUGGCGUCAUUUCCAAGUUUUGUGGCUGUUCCAGGGCCCUGUGAACCAGAAGACCUGAUUGAUGGGAUCAUCUUUGCUGCCAACUACCUGGGCUCCACACAGCUGCUGUCAGAGCGGAACCCCUCCAAGAACAUCAGGAUGAUGCAGGCACAGGAGGCCGUCAGCCGGGUUAAGAGGAUGCAGAAGGCGGCCAAAAUCAAGAAAAAAGCGAAUUCUGAGGGUGACUCCCAGACGCUGACUGAAGUGGACCUUUUCAUCUCCACCCAGAGGAUCAAAGUGUUAAAUGCGGACACACAGGAGACCAUGAUGGACCACGCCCUGCGCACCAUCUCCUACAUUGCAGACAUUGGAAACAUUGUGGUGCUGAUGGCUCGGCGCCGCAUGCCCCGGUCAGCCUCUCAGGAUUGCAUUGAGACCACCCCUGGAGCCCAGGAGGGGAAGAAACAGUACAAAAUGAUCUGCCAUGUGUUUGAAUCUGAAGACGCCCAGCUCAUUGCCCAGUCCAUCGGCCAGGCCUUCAGCGUGGCCUACCAGGAGUUUCUGCGGGCCAAUGGCAUCAACCCUGAGGACCUGAGCCAGAAGGAGUACAGCGACAUCAUCAAUACCCAGGAGAUGUACAACGACGACCUCAUCCACUUCUCCAACUCGGAGAACUGCAAGGAGCUGCAGCUGGAGAAGCACAAGGGCGAGAUCCUGGGCGUGGUGGUGGUGGAGUCGGGCUGGGGCUCCAUCCUGCCCACCGUCAUCCUGGCCAACAUGAUGAAUAGCGGCCCGGCCGCACGCUCGGGGAAGCUGAGCAUCGGUGACCAGAUCAUGUCCAUCAACGGCACCAGCCUGGUGGGGCUGCCCCUAGCCACCUGCCAGGGCAUCAUCAAGGGUCUGAAGAACCAGACGCAGGUGAAGCUCAACAUUGUCAGCUGCCCGCCUGUCACCACUGUCCUCAUCAAGCGGCCUGACCUCAAGUACCAGCUGGGCUUCAGCGUGCAGAACGGAAUUAUCUGCAGCCUAAUGCGUGGAGGCAUCGCAGAGCGGGGCGGGGUCCGUGUGGGCCACCGCAUCAUCGAGAUCAACGGACAAAGCGUGGUGGCCACAGCCCAUGAGAAGAUCGUGCAGGCGCUGUCCAACUCUGUCGGGGAGAUCCACAUGAAGACCAUGCCAGCUGCCAUGUUUAGACUCCUCACAGGCCAGGAGACCCCGCUGUACAUCUAGGCUGCCCAGCCUGCUGACCCGAGGAGGACCUCCCCCCACCCUUACAGACCCACAGCCCACCCAAGGACACUGACUUUCCUGAAGAAGGGGCCCUCACCGCCCACUUUUUUUUUUUGGACAUAAAAGGGUAUGUCUUUCUCACAGGACAGUCACAGAAACCAUCUUUGUAGACAGUCAAGUGUUUGCUGCAUUCUGAACUGUGUUCUCAUAGCGACCGACCUUCCGUGUGGUGUGGCAUGUGUCUUUCCUCCCCGAAGCUGCAGAGAAUGCAACUGGAGGGAUUUCCUGAGGCAGCUGUGGAGGGAGCCCCUGGAAGAUGGCGCCUUCCUGAGUAGGGGGCUGUAGUGAUGCCCCCUCAGCUGGGGGCCUGGGGUCCUCCCAGGUGUGGGUGAGGGAGGGCACCCUGACUGCAGCUGCCUCCUUGCCAGACCAGUGCUUCGGCUGUGACUGUUGAUUCCACUUUGGGAACCUGCAAUUGUAUUUCCUGAGCAAGAAGACAUUCCUGAGCUAAAUAAAGGAUGAUGGCCACCGUA